AUGACAUCCUAUGUGGUGCGCAUCACCGAAACCUGUACGGAUGUGCGGACCAACAGUCUGCCAGCGGACACGCCCACCUUCCGCUUCCGGGAGGUCGACGACUGGGAGAUCUACGUUGGUCCCAGUGCCGGCAUGACGCUGGCGGUCUCCACGUUGUCCAAAGAGGUGGAUCACUGCGAGGUGAUCACCACCUGUUGCGAUGAUCAGUUUUCCCUUUGCUACUCCACUACCUCCACGGAAGAACUUACCGCCAGCGUCUCCCGCACGGACUUCGUGGCAGGUUACUAUAACACGGAAGCUUGGGAUUUGACCGGAAGCGCCACCAUCAGGGUCGAUCACAGCACGGAAUUGACCUGCACAUUGAUCGAGGGGUCAUUGCCCGGAACUCUUCCAACAGGUUGGGGUCAGCAAUUGUGGCUGCAUUGCUUUGCCAAUGGGAUCAAUCCCCUCAGUACGGGGCCCCGGAGCCACUCCGGAGCCAUCGCCGCCAUCGCCCCACGACUUGGGGGGAUGGAAGCGGUGAAGGUGGAUCAAUGA